UACCUGCUCUAGGUGAAGCUGAUUUUGUAUAUGACUGCAACUAGUGAGUAUUUUAAUUAUGGGUUAUGCCGAUUAUUUUCCUCCAUUAAUCAACUGGUUGUUUGGUUUGUAAUAUAAAUAAAAUAAAAUAAUCUGAAAAUAGAGAGAAAUGCUGUCACAAUUACCCAGAGCCCAAAGUGACACCCUCACAAUCCUUGUUAGGUCCAACUAUUAGUAUAAAAUCCACAAUUAUUUAAAAGAAAUAAUACGUAUUAGCAUAAUCAAAAGUAGCAAUUCCUUAAAUUUGUGAAGCUGAAACCUUGAAAUAUUUUCACAGGAAAAACGAUUAUCAGAGUAUUUGCCAAUUAAUUUUCUAUCAGUCGAUUAAUCAAAUUAUCACUGUUGGCUAGUUUAAUUUAUAACAAAACAUCAUAUUUUGAAAGCUCUUUAUAUGUUUUGUAUGCAAAAAUAACUAACCUGUAAAGUAACCAGUUACUCUGAAAUGGAGUUUAUGCACCUGAAAUGUAUGGUCUUGUGUAUUCUUCUGUAUAAAGACCAUUUAAAGCAUGAAAAACAUAUGGCUGUCCAGAGAUAGGUGGUGGGUUUGAAGGUCUUUAACUCACCAAGAACAAACUUGAUUAAAUAAGAAAUAUGUAAAACGUUAUAAUGUGACCUGCUCAGGUAAUCACAGGAUGCAUUAAAACAUCCCACCCUCAUUGCAUAUAUUAAAACAUACAGUGUUAUAUAUGCUGGCUUUGGCACUGGUGUGUUAUCUUAAUCCCUGCCUCAGUCUUACUCAGCCACUGUUAUGAAGGAGUUAUGAAUGUGCACGGGUUGGUCAGUCAGCUCAUCAGACAAACAGCCUUUCUAUUGGUGGCCACCAUCAGUCCGCGUCCUAAUCCGGCACACACACGUUAUAUAAAAUGCUCAUCCAAUCCCAAAGCACAAAGAGAAAAAACUGCUCCAAAGCUUGGCGGUCAGCUUGUGUGUGGCUCAUUAACUUCUCCUGAGGGACAGGACAGGACCAGAGCGGAGCAUCAUGAUCUUUAUAGUGGACCUGCUGCUGAUGCUCAUCGACCUAACCUACUCCAUCCUGAACGCCGUCCUCCAGACUUUCCUCCGGCCGAGGCUGAAGUGCAUUGACGGGGAGCUCUGUCUGAUAACGGGGGCCGGGGGCGCGCUGGGUCGCCUGUUCGCCCUGGAGUUUGCCAAAGAAGGGGCGCAGCUGGUGCUCUGGGACUGCAACACGGCUGCCAACGAGCAGACCGCCAAGCUGGCGCGGGAGCUGGGAGUCCAGGUGCACACGUACACGGUGGACCUCUCCAAGCGUCACAGCAUCUAUGAGACGGCGACCAAGGUGAGAGCGGAGGUCGGGGAGGUCUCUAUGCUGGUCAACAACGCUGGCGUGGUGGCCGGAAGGAGGCUGCUGGACUGUCCUGACGAGCUUUUGGAGAGGACCCUGCUGGUGAACUGCCACGCGCUGUUUUGGAUGACGAAGGCCUUCCUGCCUCAGAUGAAAGCAAAGAAUCAUGGUCACAUUGUAACCGUUGCCAGUGCUCUUGGACUAUUCAGCACUGCAUGUGUAGAGGAUUACUGUGCCAGUAAAUUUGGAGCUGUCGGUUUCCACGAGUCACUGACACACGAGUUGCGAGCGGAGGACCUGGAUGGCAUCAAAACCACUUUAGUCUGCCCUUAUAUUGUAGACACAGGGAUGUUUGCAGGCUGUGAAAUCAGGAAGGAGCUUCGGAGUCUAAUUCCUCCUCUGGAGCCGCUCUACACUGUACAGCAAUCCAUGAAAGCCAUUUUAGCCGAACAGCAAAUGAUAUGCAUUCCUCGUCUUAUGUACAUCCCCUUCCUCACACGAGCACUUCUACCUUGGGACGCAAAUGUGGCCACAUAUCGCUUCAUGGGAGGUGACAAAUGCAUGCUACCUUUCAUCAAGAACGUUGAAAUGAAGAUGUCCAAUGGCCACAUCAAAUUGUCCUGAACCCUCUACAGUUAAUCUUACAACCUUGUUAAAUAAUGGGCCAAUGCAGACAACCAAAGUCUUACACUGUAUAUUACUAAUACAUUAAUUUGUCAUCUGAAGGGAGAGCCCUUAUUUUUGCACUGGACUGAAGGGUAACUUGUGUAAUUUUUGGUUAUAAAUAACUACAACCGGAUCUGAAGGGCAGUCAGGGAUUGCUUCAUGAAAACAAAAGUUAAAAUAAAGUCAUUAAAUAGCCUCUAUACUGGAGGCCAAAGAGCCAGUAAUAUUAACAAACAAGUUCAUAGAAAAACUGCUCAUGGAAAAAGAGACUGUGGUGAUAACAGAUCUAUACAAGUGCCUCUUUUUAUUCACAUUAACAAACAGUGCAGAAACAAAGACUAGACAUAAACAAAUCUACGGGAAACAUGCAACAGAAAAAUAUUAAGCAUUAUGUUUGAGCCACGACUACAGUCUCCAUAACCGUAAAAAAGGAAUUCAAACAUACAAAAGAAGCAGUAAAGAAAUCCCUCUCGUAUGAUUCAGAUGUUCAGUGUUCCACAGUACUGCUGAAAUAUACCUCUGCUGAUGCUGCUGUUAUUGAAAUAAACUGACAAUUGUAUCAGA